AUGCGGAAGCACUGGAAGCGACGCAGCUUGGAGCUCGACGCCGCGGUUUCAACCCGACAGUUGCGCAGGCGCAGCGCUGCCCGCGACCUGGGCGUGCAGGGCACGCACGGCGGCGGCACUUGGAAAGUAUUCCUGGGCUGGAUGCGCAAGGGGAUUGCCAGGGCCCGUUGGCCGCCCAUGGAGGACAUACUUUCGGAGUACAGAGAGGUCAUGGCCACAGACACCCCCGAACGUCGCAGGCUUAUCGCUGAAGGACAUGCGAAGACCAUCGCGUGGCAGCGAUUGGGGAAGCAGCGCGCUCAUGGAGGCCGGGGCCCACGUAAGAGACUCAGACUGAUGGACAUCGCGGGCGCAGCAAAUGCAUGCGUGCCAACGACUUGCGGGAUCGAUCGUUUGGCUGUCGUGCAUAAGGAUAUGCAGUGCAGGAACUUGCGGGAAAAGCUCGCUCUUAACGCAGAGCGGCGCAAUCGGCAGCAGCUGCUGGAGCGGUGGUCCCAAGAAGUCACGGCGGCUUCGUUGGAGGGUGGGCGGUCCAUUUUCCCCAGUUCGACCACAGGCUUGCGCGCCCAGGCCGUCGGCAGCAGCUUCCCGUGCUCCGUCUUCCGAUGGGAUUGCCCGGUGCGUAGCCUAUCGGAGAAGGUGCUACCUGCGCUGCCGGCAUCUGCAAGGCGUCUUUUGGAGCAGGAGUGGAAGUCGGGCCACCGGCUCUACAAGCAUUCGCAGCAACGCACCUUCGAGGUGAAGAGGUGCCCCAGCCUUAGCCGGGACGCCGGCAUUGUCCUUGUGGGCAAGCAGUACGCGUCCAGGCGCUUGUUCGUACAGUCGUUGACCAAGACGCUCAAGGCUUUAUUCGUGCCCAAGUCCGAGGCCAGGGCUUUCUUGGAUGACGCCAAAGUGGUGCUCCACCUGCGCCGGGGCCAUGACGAGCAGGCGUUAUGGUACCACGCCUCCUUCUUGAAUUACGGCUCUUGGGCGAUGACCCUUUCUCGAUUCGUGGAUGAUGCGAGUGUUGCUCGACAGGAUCUGGCCCGUCCUGGGCAUGCCCUGAUGUGCGUCGAUCCUCCGGAAAUAAAAAACGCAUGGCAAUCGCUACAUGCACUUGAUUUUGGAUCGAGUUGGUCCUGCGAGAUCUUCCUGAUGCAGUCUCGCGAACGUGCUGUUGGCGCAGACUUCACUCCAGCUGCUAUUUCGGUCCGCCGGUUCAUCGAGCCGUUCGAGUUCUGGCGCCCCAUCGAACCAGCAGCGCCUGGGCCCCCGGGCGUUUUGGAGGACGGCGCGGCCGAGGGCGGCGGCGCGGCCGAGGACGACGGCCAUGAAGACGACGACCCGUGGGCUGAGGGCGAGAGUGGCCACGGCGAUGACAUGGGCGCCGCAAUCAUGCCACAUGUAGAUUUUUUGCUAGCCGUCGCCGAAGAGGAAAUGCCGAUGUUCCCAGUCGCAGCCGCGCCCGAGCCUCCCAUAGCAGUCCCGCCAGAGCCCGGUGCGCCAGCGUCGCCAGAGCCCGGGGCGCCAGCGUCGCCAGUGCCUCCACCACCUCCACCACCUGAGCCCCCAGCACCACUUGCGGGGCCGCCGCUGCCCCCCGAGCCGCCCGUCGCAAAAGCGAAAGCGGCAGCGAAGGGGAAGGCGAAAGCGGCGAAGGGUGACCGUGCAUGGGAUUGGGGGCAUUUUAAGAUGGCCCGCGUUUAUAGUGACGACGUUCAAAUCGGGUUUGGCUGCGCAUGCGGCAAGCACACCAUGAUGCCCGGCCAUAAGCCGAAGACUCCUUGCAAAAAACAAAUGACAUUCGGCAAGGAAGGCUUCAGCGAAGAUUUUUGCAUCCGCAAGUUGAAAGCCUGGGCCGUUCGCGGCUUGUCGAUCCCGUUCAAUGAAAUGCUAGCCAGGGCACAGCACGUCGACCCGGAUAUCCGGAAUGACAUUGACCCCGGCACUCACGAGCAGUUGGAGCGCGAAUUGGAGGCUGCGCUCCAAAAGUUGAAGGACGACGGAGUCGACCUUCCCGCCUGA